AUGGCCUCGUUCGCUUCCCAGACCUACACUCCCACCGAGGAGGCCGAGAUCCAGCAAUGGCUCACCACCUCUGAGCGUCUCAAGUCCCCCGAGGACAAGUCUUCCAUCCUUGAGACCCUCAACAACCACCUGUCCAGCCGCUCUACCCUUCUCGGCAGCAAGCCUUCCAAGGCCGAUGUCGCCAUCUACGAGACCCUUGCUCCCGUUGUAGCUCAGUGGUCCCCCGAGGAGCGCACCGGCGAGAAGGGCCACCCCCAUAUUGUCCGUCACGUCGACUUCGUCCAGAACUCGCCUCUCUUCGGUCUCACCGUUACCGACGAGAACAAAGUCAAGGUUGACCGCGACAACGUCCUCUACGUGAAGCCCCCCGUCGACGCCAAGGCCGAGAAGGAGAAGAAGAAGAAGGCUGCCGCCGACGCCGCUGCUACUGGUGGUGAGGCUUCUCUUGUUGACCGUACCAAGGAGAAGGUCAAGGAGGUUGUCGAGAGCGCCAAGGACAAGAUCACUACCGACAAGCCCAAGAAGGAGAAGAAGGAGAAGGCCCCCAAACAAAAGGCUGCUCCCGCCCCUGCUGCUCCUCUAUCCCCUGCUCUCAUCGACCUCCGUGUCGGCCACAUCCUCAAGGCUAUCAACCACCCCGACGCUGACUCCCUCUACGUCUCUACCAUUGCCGUCGGCGAUAAGCCUGGCAACGAGGACUACGUCGAGUAUGAGGGUCAGAUCUGCCGAACCGUCUGCUCCGGCCUCAACGGCCUCAUUCCCCUCGAGUCCAUGCAGGGCCGCAAGGUCGUCGUCGUGUGCAACCUCAAGCCUGUCAAGAUGCGCGGCAUCAAGUCCUGCGCCAUGGUCCUCGCUGCCUCUCCCAAGAUCAAGGAGGGUGAGGUCGAUGACCACAAGGGUCCCGUCGAGCUCGUUACACCCCCCGAGGGUGCCAAGGCCGGCGACCGUGUGUGGUUCGAGGGUUGGGAGGGUAGCCCCGAGGGAGUUCUCAACCCCAAGAAGAAGAUAUGGGAGACCUUCCAGCCUGGUUUCACCACCACUAACGGCCUUGAGGUUGCUUUCGAUGCUGGUGUUGUUGAGCAGUUGGGCAAGACUGGAACUGGUCGCCUUGUUACUGAGAGCGGUGGCGUCUGCACUGUUCUUAGCCUUAAGGAUGCCGUUGUGCGAUAA